CGGCUCUCUCUUAACGAGGCGUCGGAGAAUAUGCACGAUGUGGUAACUUAGUGUAUGAGUGUACAGCGCCAUUCUUGGACCCGUUGGAUAGCAAGCCCUAAUUGCCCAAAACGGCAUCCCAUCAGUAGCUAGUAGUUAUCACAAAGACCAUUUUUUGGAUGGUAAUCUCUCUCACACAGGCAACAAGCAUUUCUCAAAGCCUUUUUGGACUCUACUCUGCCCUUCCUCAGCUCCGUCUCAGAUUUCGCGAUUCAUAGGCGCCGCCAAAUGCUCGGUUGGCUGCCCAGCGCAGCCGCUAGCCAACAGCCAGACCCACCAGCCUGGUCGGUCGUGCCUAAUUUUGACGGCUCCAGAAGCAGCUGGCAGUCCCUGUCGAUCUGCCAGGCUGCGUUCCUGCAUCUCAGCCAUAUUGCUUGCCAUAUUGCUUGAUUCUGUCUGCGAUUCUCGGAACAGAGGCAUCAGUCACUGCAACCUUUACUGAAUCCAGGGUCACAUGCCCCCCUUUCGAGAGGCGAUUCCCGUACUAACCGUACGAAGAGCUGGAGUCUAAUUCUCGCACCACCAUUCAAUUUUUGUGGCUUUUCGGAUAUUGACCCUGCUAUUCUGAAAUUACCCUGAGCCUGGAGGGUCUAUUUUUAAAGAAAGCACUCGCUGUACCAGGCAACGAUCUCCUUAUUUGCUUUUUAUCAACUUCCAUCAGGAGUUUCACGAAAGGAAGAUGAGUAGUAUAAAGGAGAGCUCAAUGGCUCCUGAGCAGCCGCAGGAGGCGUCUGAGCCUUCUGCAGCGCAUCACCAAUGCCAGGAGUUACCUAUAUCAAAACCCAUAACUAAGGAAGAGACCCAGUUGUCUUCUCCUCGUUGUACAGAUACUCCAUUAUCCGAAGAGCCUUCUCCCCCAUCUGCGCCUCCCAGAGACGGGCCCAAGUUGGCAAAGGAAGAAGAGGAGGAAAUGUUUCGCGCCCUGCAAGCCAUAUUCAAGACUGCUGAAGAUGAAGAGGGAAAUUUCGAUGUUAAGGGUUUACUCAAUGUUCUGGAGGAGGCGGACGAAGACACUCGCUACGGCAGGCGGAAUGUGAAUGCUCUCAAGGGUGUCAGGGACAACCUUGGUCUCCUCUGGAGGAGCGGAUCGGAUUACAUGGCCCAAGCUGCGGAGGUAUUAGCGAAUGGAAGCCGGGACCCGGCUUGGCGGGGAGCGUACGGUGAAACCGGUAUAUUGGACUUUUUCCUCCGAGUAAUUGCAACGGAUGACGUGGAGGACGAUAUCUUACUUCACUCUUUGCGAUUAAUCGGAAACUCCUGUGCGGAUACUAAUGAAAAUAGACAGCUUGUCGUUGAUAAGAAUUACACUUUUCCAAUUAUCAACCUCUUCAAAAAUCCUGCGGUGGUUCAUGUUGCUAUCCCUGUUAUAUACAAUAUUUGUGUCGACUUUGAGCCGGCCCAGGCUCAAGUUGCUGAGAACGGAAUUGGAUACAGUCUCCUCACGCUACUCUCCGAUGAUCUAAUCGAAGGAAAUGCUCUUUUAGCGUAUGCUCUCGAACUCCUUGAAACAGCAACUGAACAUGGAGUUGAAAGGGCACCGGAUGCCGCUCUUCCAUUACUUAUCAACCUCGCAACAGAUGAAGACAUAGGCUUUGCUCGGUUUACAACACUCACUAGCUGCCUUGCGUUAUAUCUACAAAGUGAGCGCUUCCAAAAUUUAUGCAUUAUUCGCCGACUUGUCGAAAGGGUGAUUUUACUCCUACGCCGGUCCUACGACCAUCCUCCUCAUGGCCUUUCUCCCGAGGACAUUCAGGUGCUCAUGCAACUACGGCUAAGGAUAAAUCAAGCCCUUUCCGACAUUUCUGCUCUCCCCCUAUUCUCCCAGGCCUAUCCUCUUGACUGUGACCUCUCGGAGACACUGCGCUCUUGGCUCCGGGAACCCGAAGACCAAUUACAAAUAUGCGCUUGUGUCAUGCUUGGGAACCUAGCCCGGGAGGAUAAAAUUUGUGCAUCAAUGGUCAAUGAUUUCGAAGUCCACGUACCCCUGAUAUCAAUUUUAAACGCAGAUGCCAAAGCUGCAGUCCUACACGCCGUUCUCGGGUUCUUAAAGAACCUCGCCAUUGCCACUGACAACAAAGAACCCUUGGCCUCCGCUGGAAUUAUUAAAGCUGUAUCUCGCCUGUGGGCAUUUGAGACUGUUCCUCAGGUCCAGUUUGCCGCAGCCAGUCUCACGCGCCAAGUAAUCGUGUCCUCAUUCAACAACAUUUCCCGUUUGCUAGAACCCUUAUCCUCCGACCCUGAUUCCCCUGCAAAUUCCCGCACUUAUCUCUCUCUACUCCUCUCCCUUUUUGAAAAGUCAGACACGACCCCAAUCAAAAUAGAAAUCGGCCGCACGAUCUGCGCCAUAUGCCGCUCCAUAAACCAGCGUCAACAACACGGAGCCGAGGCGGCGAUCGAAGCUUUUGAUCUCGCUGAGCGCCUAUAUAAGCUCCACGAGGAUGUUGCUUGGCCCCUUGGAACGAUGAUAACGCAGACAGAGUGGCCUGUCGUGCAGAGCGAGGGCUGGUUUGCUCUCGCACUGAUGGCGUCGACACCCUCCGGUUCCCUAGCGGUUGUCGAUAGUAUGCAGAACAUGAGCGUUUUCCAGCUGAUCAGUGACACAGUUAAGAUGAUUAUAUCCGAGCCUUCUGGCGGAGAGUCUGUGCAGGAGAAGACAGAGCGGUUGAAGAAAGCGAAAGAUCGGGAUAAUGCGAUUAUUCUUGUGAACGGGUUGCUGAAGAAUAAGCCAGCAACACUACCCGGCGCAAGAAGGGAGAUGCUUGAGGAUCUCAUGCGGGAUGUCGCAGAAACUUACUUUGUUGAAUAAAUCUACCGCGGAAUACGGCUUUGAAGUGCUCAUACACUAUACACACUGCGCAUUUUUUGAAUGCAUCGUAUCUGGCGUAAUUGAUUUCUUGACGUUCAUAUAUCACUUUCUCCACUUGGUUAAUUAACGAAGUUAUGAGUUUGAGAGUGUUUAUUCCCUUGUUUGUUCGCUAUUUCUCAUAUGCGUAUAGAAGGUAUUCUAUUCCAUCUGGGCCUUCCACUCCUUUUUAUACAUAUUUUAUUUCUUUUCUUAUACAAGUUUCCUACGUCGCAUUUACAUCGAGUUUCCAGCCAUUUGAGCCGCUCCAUAUCCAUUUGAUUGAGCAUAGCGUGUGCGGUCUAAAAGUAAAAUGACCUGCAUUUGGUUCGAUUUCAGCUUUCCUUUUACCUCCACAAACAAACAGGAAAACAUUAUACUAACCAUUGUGAAUGAAGAAUGUUCGAUGCAAUGGUCAAUAUAAUAUCAGGCUAAAAGGAACACAUAUUUAUCCAUGCAUUUAUAUACAUAAUAUGAACGAAUGUACACAGAAAAAUAUUGAAUUCGCGUCUAGGGAAUCAAGAAAAGAAAUGGAAGAAAGAAAGAAGAAAGAAAGAAAGAAAGAAAAAAGAGGGCAUAAAUCACGCCCUAUAAACAUUGAGUGAGGAUUACCGGACACAUUCAGCAGUCCAUGAUCAAAGCCUUCCAGCCAGCCAGCUAAGUCAUUAAACCGAGGCCCUAUCCCCAUCCCCACCACCGCUCCCCGUCUCUGCUUCAGCCACCCUGCUCCUCCUCUCCCGCAACUUCUUCUCUAUCCUCAUAAACUCCCGAAUCCCUACCGGGAUAUCGGCGAACAGGUCGUCGUCCAAAUCACCAAUACCGUUGCCAUUAGCACUAGCCCAAUUCACCUCCGACCCACCACCAUCAUCAUCCAUACUCAUACUAGCACUCUCCACCUCCUUCCGCGGCUUAUGUCGUAUUUCCCCGACCGCAACGAUAUCGCCCCCUUUCUCAGCAAUAAUAGUCCCCUUCUUCCCUUUCGCCUUCCGUUUUCGCCUCUCCUUCUUUAGUUGUUUUCCCUUCCUCUUUGCCUCCCUCACCCGCUCCGCCCACCCCUCAACGUCAUCUCGAUAGUCAUCCCAGACGCAAUGGACACAGCCGCUCAUGCAGCAGUUAUCGGGUUCCUGGGGGCGGGGAGGGAUGGGAAUGCCGUAGAUGACGCGCCAGGUGGAUUCAGGCGUGCGGCUGCCGG